UGUGGCUGGGAAAUCACACUGGACAUGGACUCAGACACAAGCCGCGUGUCCAGCAGACCGUCUUCCCCCGAAGUGGACGACAUCUUCAUGUCCACGCUGAAGAAGUCGGUCCACGGUUUCUCCGGAGCUGUGUCGUCCACGCAGAGUGACUCUCCGUCAGACGUGCCCGGCCUGCGCGGGCUCUCCGCCAGCGACGAGGACUCCCUGUCCCUCAGGAUGGCGUCCAAGAAAGACCGCAAACUGCUGUCGGAGAGCGAGCUGCAAACCAUUCGUCUCAAGAUCAACAGCCGCGAGCGAAAGAGGAUGCACGACCUCAACGUGGCCAUGGACGGGCUCCGGGAGGUCAUGCCCUACGCGCACGGACCCUCCGUGCGCAAACUCUCGAAAAUUGCAACGCUUCUGCUCGCGAGAAAUUACAUCCUGAUGCUGAGCAACUCCCUGGAGGAGAUGAAGCGGCUGGUGAGCGAAAUCUACGGCAGCAGCGGCCACCACGCCGGCUUCCACCCGUCCGCCUGCGGCGCUAUGGCACACGCUGGUCCCGUCUCGGCACACCCGGCGGCUACCCACGCCUCCCACCCGGCGGUGCACCACCCGCUGCUCCCUCCCGUCUCCACCGCCUCCUUGUCCGCUCCCGGGAUCUCCGCCGUCACCUCGGUCAGACCGCAUCACGGACUCCUGAAAGCGCCCGGCGCCGGCGCGGGGCCGCUGGCCAGCGGCUUCCAGCACUGGGGCGUGGGCACCGGCAUGCCGUGCCCGUGCAGCAUGUGCCAGGUGCCGCCGCCGCAUGUGUCCAGCAUGAGCACCGUCACCAUGCCCAGACUGUCCAGCGACGCCAAGUGACUCCAA